CCCUUAUUCCAUUGAAGUACUUCUGAAAUGUUGAAUGGCGUCCUUGUCAUGUCUAGCUAGCGACUACUAGUAGCUAAUUUACGCACUGCGAGGGGAUUUACAAGCAACACAUGUUACUUUUUUCCAAUCCUUGGGGUGUGUGAGUGGAAGGGGGUGCGGCUGCCACAGUUCCAGAAGUGGGAGAGAGAAAGGCCUUUGAACCCCAGAGAGGCACAAUCUGCCGCAUAGACCGGUAUUAUCGUGAUGUCAGAGGAAGACGGUAAACCCGGCCAGGCUCUGGAGGCCAAGGCAGAGCCAGUGGCACCCAGUGGCCAGGGACCUGCGUCCGUGUCCACAACUGUGUCGGGGCCCCCUACCCCCACUGAGGAUGAGGAUGAGAGCGAAGACGAGUCUGAGAUCCUGGAGGAGAGCCCUUGCGGUCGCUGGCAGAAACGCAGAGAGGAGGUGAACCAGCGGAACGUCCCAGGGAUAGACGCUGCCUACCUGGCCAUGGACACGGAGGAGGGGGUGGAAGUGGUCUGGAACGAGGUCAUGUUCUCUGAGAGGAAAAACUUCAAGCUGCAGGAGGAGAAGGUGAAGUCUGUGUUUGACAACUUGAUUCAGCUGGAGCAUCUCAACAUUGUCAAGUUUCACAAGUACUGGGCUGACAUCAAUGACAUCAACCGUGCCAGGGUGAUUUUCAUCACAGAGUACAUGUCCUCAGGAAGUCUGAAGCAGUUUCUGAAGAAGACUAAGAAGAACCACAAGACCAUGAAUGAAAAGGCCUGGAAGAGAUGGUGCACCCAGAUCCUCUCAGCGCUCAGUUACCUCCACUCCUGUGAGCCGGCCAUCAUUCACGGGAACCUGACCUGUGACACAAUCUUCAUCCAGCACAAUGGACUCAUCAAGAUAGGAUCAGUGGCUCCAGACACCAUCAACAACCAUGUGAAGACCUGCAGAGAGGAACAGAAGAACCUGCACUUCUUCGCUCCUGAAUAUGGAGCUGUUGCAGAUGUCACUACUGCAGUGGAUAUCUAUUCCUUUGGGAUGUGUGCUCUGGAGAUGGCAGUGUUGGAGAUCCAGGGGAAUGGAGAAUCUUCCUACGUCUCUCAGGAGGCCAUCAACAAUGCCAUACAGUCACUGGAAGACCCACUGCAGAGGGAGUUUAUUCAGAAGUGUCUGGAGGCUGACAUGUUUAAGAGGCCUACAGCCAGAGAGCUGCUGUUCCACCAGGCUCUGUUUGAGGUGCCCCUGUUGAAGCUGCUAGCUGCACACUGCAUCGUCAGCCACCAGCAUAUGAUCCCUGAGAAUGCCUUAGAGGAGAUCACGAAGAACAUGGACCCCAACCUCAUCAUCGCUGAGAUAAAGGAGGGCGUGCAGCUCAAGCUGUCUCAGUUUCCUGCCCUGGAGCUGGAUAAGUUCCUGGAGGAUGUGAGGAACGGUAUCUACCCUCUAACAGCGUUCGGUCUGCCCUCUCGCCAGCAGCCCCAGCAAUCCCCUGUCAAAUCCCCCAUUGUCACCCCCUCUGUAAAAUCCCCUACCCCAGAACCUUCGGAACUGGAGACACGCAAGGUUGUUCAGAUGCAGUGUAAUAUUGAGCCAGUGGAGGAGGGUGCAAAACAUCAUCUGACACUACUGUUGAAGCUGGAGGACAAACUGAACAGACACUUAAGCUGUGACUUGUUACCCAGUGAGAAUGUAAAGGAACUGGCUGUUGAGCUGGUCCAACUGGGCUUUAUCAGCGAGGUGGACCAAAGCAGGAUGGCCACUGUCCUAGAAGAGGCCUUCACCAAGUUCUUCAGCAGGAACGAUUCCCUCAACCCCGUCACUGUGUCCUCAUAACAGGAUCACCCCCCCGGACCCCAACUCCAGUACCUCUAUAUAUGCCUACAGGUACCUCCGUAGGUGGUUUGAAAUCGGAUACAAAUCUAAUUUCUAGCUGUGCGACUUGUCUGAACAGUCAAAUCUGAUUUAUUUUCCCUCAUAGUUUUUACUGUUAUUUGGCUUAUGUUGUUGCUUGAUAGCUUCUCUAUUGACAGUUUGACAAGAACAUGUGGUAGCUACCUAGCUUUUGUUAAUUGUUUACAAACGAUUGGGUGUGCUAGAGAGCUAAACUGCUAGCUAGUUGAUUGAUUGCUGUGGCUAGCCAAAACAGCACUCGUUUUGAAAGUUUGGUCAUCUCAUCCUUUUGAGGCUUUAAAAGUGUUUCUUAAUGAACUCUGAUUUUGAACAUUUAAAGCAACCGGGAAAUGUCUAUGCCAGGCAUUGUUAUCUUAGCUAACUACAUAAGUGAUAGGGAGCACAGCCACCAACCAGCUUACACCACACCACCGUCGUUAAUGACAACUAGUGUAGCCCUGUCAGAAAUGACUGCUGUCUGAACACCCAAAUCAUUUCUGAUUUGGUCACUUUUUGUUUGGACAGUCAAAACCAGUUAAAAACCAAAACAGAUUUUAGCAUUAAAGAUGCACCAUGUAGCAAUCGCCCCACCAUUUUCUGGUUGCUAAAAUUCAAAUAGUUUGCCUGAUUCCAGUUUGUGACAAAACCAGCAAGUAUAGUGUAGGGAAUAAUUGUCCCAUCUAAACACUUGGAAGGAUCUUUUACAUAAUCAACAAGAUUGUUUGAAGCUGGUGUACAAAACUGAAAGUAAGACGCUAAAACGGAUCUACCUUACCUCUUCUUAGACUUGCUUUCAAUCAAAUGUAUUUAUAAAGCCCUUCUUACAUCUGCUGAUGUCACAAAGUGCUCGUCAGCCUUAAACCCCAAACAGCAAGCAAUGCAAGUGUAGAAGCACGAUUGCUAGGAAAAACUCCCUAGAAAGGCCAGAACCUAGGAAGAAACCUAGAGAGGAACCAGGCUGUGAGGGGUGGCCAGUCCUCUUCUGGCUGUGCCGGGUGGAGAUUAUAACAGAACAUGGCCAAGAUGUUCAUAGAUAAUCAGCAUGGUCAAAUAAUAAUAAUAAUCACAGUGGUUGUAGAGGGUGCUACAGGUCAGCACCUCAGGAGUAAAUGUUAGUUGGCUUUUCAUAGCCGAUGAUUCAGAGUAUCUCUACCGCUCCUGCUGUCUCUAGAGUUUAAAACGUCAGGUCUAGGACAAGGUAACACAUCCGGUGUAUAGGCAAUGGUUCCAUAGCCGCAGGUAGAACAGUUGAAACUGGAGCAGCAGCAUGACCAGGUGGACUUGGGACAGCAAGGAGUCAUCAGGCCAGGUAGUCCUGAGGCAUGGUCCUAGAGCUCAGGUCCUCUGAGAGAAUUAGAGGGAGCAUACUUAAAUUCACACUGGACAUUGGAUAAGACAGGAGAAAUACUCCAGAUAUAGCAGACCCUAGCCCCCCGACAAACUAUUGCAGCAUAAAUACUGGAGGCUGGGCCGGGAGACACUGGCCCCAUCCAACGAUACCCCCGGACAGGGCCAAACUGGCAGGAUAUAACCCCACCCACUUUGCCAAAGCACAACCCCCAACUUACUAUCCCGAGACGAGGCUGAGUAAAGCCCAUGAAGAUUUCCCCCUUGGCACGAACCCAGACAGGAAGAUCACGUCAGUGACUCAACCCACUCAAGUGAUGCACCCCUCCUAGGGAUGGCAUGGAAGAGCACCAGUAAGCCAGUGACUCAGCCCCUGUAAUAGAGUUAGAGGCAGAGAAUCCCAGUGGAGAGGGGAACUGGCCAGGCAGAGACCGCAAGGGCGGUUCGUUGCGCCAGUGUCUUUCCGUUCACCUUCACACUCCUGGGCCAGACUACACUCAAUCAUAGGACCUACUGAAGAGAUGAGUCUUCAAUUAAGACUUAAAGGUUGAGACUGAGUCUCUCACAUGGGUAGGCAGACCAUUCCAUACAAAUGGAGCUCUAUAGGAGAAAGCCCUGCCUCCAGCUGUUUGCUUAGAAAUUCUAGGGACAGUAAGGAGGCUUGUGACCGUAGCGUACGUGUAGGUAUGUACGGCAGGACCAAAUCGGAAAGAUAGGAAAGAGCAAGCCCAUGUAAUGCUUUGUAGGUUAAUAGUAAAACCUUAAUCAUCCCUAGCCUUAACAGGAAGCCAGUGUAGAGAGGCUAGCACUGGAGUAAUAUGAUCACAUUUUUUGGUCAAGAUUCUAGCAGUCGCGUUUAGUACUAAACUGAAGUUUAUUUAGUGCUUUAUCCGGGUUGCCGGAAAGUAGAUCAUUGCAGUCGUCUAACCUAGAAUUGACAAAAGCAUUGAUCAAUGAGAAUGAAUGUGAUGUUGGUCGGGUCGCCCAAAAAGUAACAUUGCAGCUCUAAGGUCUGCAGUGUGAAUAAGGCUUAAAUCUAUGGGGGACCAUAUAGCCUUGCAGGGCUGCCCGAGUCAGUCCCCCUCUGUUUACUUUUCUCUUUAUAGUAGCAACUUGUUUUGGGAGAGGAAGCCAACAGUUAUCACAUGUCAGUAUUACUUGUUUGUGCUUUAGAAAUGCAUUUAAUGUCUUUGCCAUUAGCCCUUUUUUGUGGCUGUAUACAAGCACACCUGCUCUCCGCCUUAAAGUUCUCUGCCUCUGUGUGGUCACUACGGCUAUGCAUGAAUGUCUGCGGUGAACUUUGCUCUCUUUCUGAAUGCUAUAAGUGAGCCUUGUAUACAUGUAUGAGUGGGGUAGGGGGAGUUGAGAGUAUUAAUGUUACAAAUGUGUCAUAUCUUCACUUUUUUAACAAACUGAAAUGUUUACUGUGGUCUUAACUGAUUGUGCCACACCCCCAUGGAGUCUGAGCCAAUAGUCUGGGAGGGAUGGGAUUUACUGCCUGUCAAUCAAAGCAAAUUUACAGGAGAUGUCCAAUGACUGGAGCUGAAGUUAAGGUGGCUGACCGGUGAACACCGUAUUCAUACCUCUGCUUGGCUAACUCAACUUUAUAUAGUCUGUUAAAAAUAUAUAUACUGUACUUAUUCUGGAUAAUUUAAUGGUUUCCUUUGAAUAUUCUGGCCGUCAAGUUUUUAAUUUUUUUUAAUUUUUGAUUUUCUUGUGAACAGGUAAUGAUUUACUUUACUGUACAACCCAAAGAGGAGUUGAAGUCCAAAUAUGAAAUGAGAAUAUGAGUGGACAAACUGUUAAUCUAGUGGCCUGGCUCUAACUCGUACUGCUUCAACUAAGCUGUUUAUGUCUUGGCAAUGCCAGUGCUGUUGAGUGCAGAAACGGUUAGGUGAUCUGGUUCAGUAGGGCACAACGUUGUGGAAGUUUGACAUCAGAAAGUAUUCAGACCCCUCAACUUUUUCCACAUUUUGUUACCUUACAGCCUUAUUCUAAAAUUCAUUAGAUGUGUUUUUUCUUUCUUGUCAAUCUACACACGAUACCCCAUAAUGACGAAGCAAAAAGGUUUAGACAUUUUUGCAAAUUUAUACAAAAAGAAAUUCACAUUUACAUAAGUAUUCAGAUCCUUUACUCAGUACUUUGUUGAAGCACCUUUGGCAGUGAGUACAGCCUCGAGUCUUCUUGGGUAUGACAGUACAAGCUUGGCACACCUUUAGUUGGGGAGUUUCUCCCAUUCUUCAGAACCUCUCAAGCUCUGUCAGGUUGGAUAGGGAGCGUUGCUGCACAGCUAUUUUCAGGUCUCUCCAGAGAUGUUUGAUCGGGUUCAAGCGCAAGGACAUUCAGAGACUUGUCCCGAAGCCACUCCUGUGUUGUCAUGGCUGUGUGCUUAGGGUCGUUGUUCUGUUGGAAGGUGAACCGUUGCCCCAGUUGGAGUUCCUGAGCGCUCUGGAGCAGAUUUUCACCAAGAAUCUGUUCUUUGCGCCAUCUUUUGCCUCGAUCCUGACUAUUCUCCUAGUCCCUUCCUCUGAAAAACAUCCCCACAGCAUGCUGCAGCCACCACGCUUCACCGUAGGGAUGGUGCCAGGUUUCUUCCAGACGUGAUGCUUUGCAUUCAGGCCAAAGAGUUCAAUCUUGGUUUUAUCAGACCAGAGAAUAUUGUUUCUCAUGGUCUGAGUCCUUUAGGUACCUUUUUUUUUUUUUUGCGAACUCCAAGUGACCUCUCAUGUGCCUUUUUACUGAGGAGUGGCUUCUGUCUGGCCACUACCACAAAGGCCUGAGUGGUGGAGUGCUGCAGAGAUGGGAGAACCUUCCAGAAGGACAACCAUCUCCACAGAGGAGCUCUGUCAGAGUGACCAUUGGUUCUUGGUCAACCUCCCUGACCAAUGCCCUGAUUGCUCAGUUUGUCUGGGCAGCCAACUCUAGGAAGAGUCUUGGUGGUUCUAAACUUCCAUUUAAGAAUGAUGAAGGUCCCUGUUUUCUUGGACCUUCAAUGCUGCAGAAAUAUUUUGGUACCCUUCCCCAGAUCUGUGCCUCGACACAAUCCUGUCUCGGAACUCUACGGACAAUUCCUUCGACCUCUGCUCUGACAUGCACUGUCAACUGUGGGACCUUAUAGGCAGGUGUGUGUGUCUUUCCAAAUCAUGUCCAAUCAAUUGAAUUUAUCACCGGUGGACUCCAAUCGAGGUGUAGAAACAUCACAAGGAUGAUCAAUGAAAACAGGAUGCACCUGAGUUCAAUUUCAAGUAUUUUUAUUUAUUUUGUUUUCACCUUUAUUUAACCAGGUAGGCAAGUUGAGAACAAGUUCUCAUUUACAAUUGCGACCUCGCCAAGAUGAAGCAAAGCAGUUCGACACAUACAACAUCACAGAGUUACACAUGGAGUAAAACAAACAAAGUCAAUAAUACAGUAUAAACAAGUCUAUAUACGAUGUGAGCAAAUGAGGUAAAGGCAAAAAAAGGCCAUAGUGGCAAAGUAAAUACAAUAUACCAAGUAAAACACUGGAAUGGUAGAUUUGCAGUAGAAGAAUGUGCAAAGUAGAAAUAAAAAUAAUGGGGUGCAAAGGAGCAAAAUAAAUAAAUGAAUUAAAUACAGUAGGGAAAGAGGUAGUUGUUUGGGCUAAAUUAUAGGUGGGCUAUGUACAGGUGCAGUAAUCUGUGAGCUGCUCUGACAGUUGGUGCUUAAAGCUAGUGAGGGAGAUAAGUGUUUCCAGUUUCAGAGAUUUUUGUAGUUCGUUCCAGUCAUUGGCAGCAGAGAACUGGAAGGAGAGGCGGCCAAAGAAAGAAUUGGUUUUGGGGGUGACCAGAGAGAUAUACCCGCUGGAGCGUGUGCUACAGGUGGUAGAUGCUAUGGUGACCAGCAAGCUGAGAUAAGGGGACUUUACCUAGCAGGGUCUUGUAGAUGACAUGGAGCCAGUGGGUUUGGAGACGAGUAUGAAGCGAGGGCCAGCCAACGAGAGCGUACAGGUCGCAAUGGUGGGUAGUAUAUGGGGCUUUGGUGACAAAACGGAUUGCACUGUGAUAGACUGCCUCCAAUUUGUUGAGUAGGGUAUUGGAGGCUAUUUUGAGUCUCAUUAUAAAGGUUCUGAAUACUUAUGUUAAGGUUUUUGUUUUUAAUAAAUUUGCAAAAUAAUCAAACAUGUUUUCUCUUUGUCAUUGUGUGGAUUGCUGAGGAAUCUUUUGUAUUUAAUCCAUUUUAGAAGGCAAUAUCAUAACAAUGUGGAAAAAAUCAAGGGGUCUGAGUACUUUCUGAAGGCACUGUGUAGAACUGUCACACCUCUUAUGAACCCUGUUAGCCGUCUUCAUUGCUUUUCUAUCUGCAGUGUUCAGUACGUUGCACCCUCCUAAACGCAACCCAAUUUACAGAAUGAUGCACUUUCCUUAAAUGUACUCAACAGCCUCUUUCCCCAAAGCUGGAUUAUUCGCCUAUAAGAACGGCAACCGCUGUAGUUUGACUGGUUAGCUGGAUCACGUGUCUGGUACGCAGAAAUGUUUGUCCACUGUGACAAUCUGUCUGGAAAAACUGCAACAGCAAAGCCCUCAACUAGAUCCAACCUCAAUCAUAACAUUUGUUUUACAGUUACUGUAUUCACAAUCUGCAUUUUUCUUUAUACUGUAUCUUUUACUUUGUGAGGAGCACUUGGGCAGCGCAUUUAGUGAUUGAGAAAUAAGUGGAUUGCUGAGUGGGUUUGUGGUAGUGUGCGUGCGUAUGUGUGCCUUCUGAGAGCCUUUGCAAUGUAUGAUUCGUUCAUGUUCCUUUUUAUUAAAUUGUUUGGUAUUCUGUAUGAUUAAAUAUGUAGCCAUCA